GAAGAAGUACUAAAAGCAGAACAAGUAAUGGAGAUGUAGAUAUGGAAUCAGCAAUGUCAAAGUAUUCUUCUCAGAACUUGAAAACCCUUUUCCGCAUAAAGUCCCCAGUCAUUUCAAGAACCAUUGUAGCGUUGCCAUUUUCAACUUCCCCUUCUUCAUCUGCCGCAAUUCUCAAUGCCAAGACCUGUAGCGAAGCCAUGCGGCUUUUCAAUUCAACAAUCUUAAGAACAGACCCAACAAAGGAUCUUACAUUACACUCAGCCAUUAUUCAUUAUUUAACCCGAGCAAGAUUGUAUCUUGACGCCAGAUGUUUGAUAAAACGACUCAUUGAAAAUCUUAGAAAAAACAGCAACCCCAGAAAGGUUUGUUCUUUAAUUUUCAAUGAUCUUGGUAAAAUAGACUCUGGGUCUAGCUGUAAUGUGUUUGGGGUGUUGAUUAUUGCGUUAUCUGAAAUGGGUUCUGUUGAUGACGCUUACUGGGUGUACCAAAAGAUGGGAAAGUUACCUCCUUUGCAUGCUUGUAAUGCUCUUUUACAUGGGUAUGUAGAAAUGGGUAAGUUUGAAUUCAUGUGGGAUGUUUAUAGGGAUAUGCUAUCCUUUGGGUUAUGUCCUAGUGUAGUGACAUAUGGAGUAUUGAUUGAUGCAUGCUGUCUGAAAGGUGAGAUUUUGAAAGCUAAAACACUAUAUGAUGAGAUGGUUGAGAAAGGGAUUCAAACAAAUGUUGUGACAUACACCACUCUGAUACGUGGGUUUUGCAAUCAGAAUAAGAUACAGGAAGCUGAAAGCAUAUUCAGCAAAAUGGGGGAGAUGGGAGUUAUGCCUAAUCUUUGCACUUAUAAUACUCUAAUGGAUGGCUAUAGCAAGAAGGCUGAUACUGGAAGAGCCUUUCAACUUUAUCAAAAAAUGUUGAAGCAUGGAAUUCUUCCAAAUGUUGUUACUUUUGGUACCUUGAUCGACCCGCUUUGCAAAGUGGGUGAAGUAAUAACAGCAAGAAAUUUAUUAGCAUGUAUGGUAAAGUUUGGGGUAGGUCCCAAUUUACUUAUCUAUAAUUGUCUGAUUGAUGGCUGUUGCAAUUGGUAUGAUAUGUCAACUGCACUAGAGAUGCAUUCUGAGAUGGAAAAGCUUGGUAUUUCUCCAGAUGUUGUGACUUAUGGUACACUGAUAAAGGGUUAUUGUAAGCUGGGGAAAGUGGACGAAGCUGAGAGGUUUUUGCUGAAAAUGGGCGCAACAGGGGUGGUCGUGAACUCUGUGAUUUAUAAUCAGCUGAUUGAUAGGUAUUGCAAGGAUAGAAAUAUGGAGAAGGCUUUGGCAUUGUGUUCUCAGAUGAUAGAGAAAGGUGUCAAGCCCAAUGUACUCACUUUCUCUAUAUUGAUAGAUGGUUUUGGUAAGAUAGGGGAUCUAGAAGCUGCAAUGGGUGUCUAUACUGAAAUGAUUAUUAAAGGCUUGAAGCCUGAUGUGGUUGCUUAUACAGCGUUGAUUGAUGGUCAUUUCAAAAAAGGAAACACAAAAGCUGCUCUAAGGCUACAUAAGGAGAUGGUGGAGGCUGGAGUUGCUCCUAACGCUUUGACUUUUACUUGUUUGGUUGAUGGAUUUCUCAAGAAUGGAAUGAUUAGUGAAGCAAUCAAUUUUUUCUUGAAAAUAAGCAGUUCUGGAUCUACAGGAGUCGAAGUAGACUGCAGUAAUGGUGUUCUUUCUUUCCCCAACAAUGUUACUUAUUCUGCGUUAAUCCAUGGUCUAUGCAAAGAUGGGCAGUAUUUCAAAGCCAAUAAGUUUUUCGUGGAUCUACGACGCAAUGGUCUGUAUCCAGAUUUAUCCACUUAUGCCAUGAUGAUACAACGUCAUUUCGAGACCAGGCACAUAACUCGUGUCAUGAUGCUAAAGGCAGAUAUGUUAAAGACUGGUUUUAUGCCUAAUCUUUUCAUGUACAAAAUCUUGCUCAAGGGCUACCAAGACAUGGUUGAUCUCAGUUCAACUCGUAAGUGUUAUGAGGAAUUAAAAGAUUCAGGUCUAGUUUCUUCUGGAGCAUCUAAUGCAAAACCUCCAGGAUCAUGUACAUAG